AUGUCCACCCAAGACAAGAAGGAAAUCAAGGAAUCAGUAAGCGCAACCACGCGUAGCUCAACAAAGAAAAAAUUAACGAGUGAACAAUUAAUGACGGCCCAAACACAAUGGGCCCGAAUCACUACUAUACGGGCACUAACUGAUAACCUCAAUGCAGAAAGAGCAACCAUCAGCCUACCUGAAACAUUAGCCAUAAAAGACAAGAUCGAUGAAACACACAACACCGUCAUAACCGAUCACAAGUUCAUAGUGACCAGCUGGCCACAAUCAGGCAUUGCACACGAGUACUUUACAAAAAAUGGCGUAGUAGAAGAAGCCAUCUGCCAUGCCAAGGCCACAGCGGUGAUCAUGAAGUUGUGUCAUGAAUUGGGCGACACGACACAACCAAUUAAAACCUCACUAAAGAGAAUAAGCAAUAGUUUCAGCACAUGGAGCACAAACUCCAAUAUGGAUGAGAUACCAUCUAUGGAAGACACCAUGAAUGAAACACAUAAGACAUUCGAAAAGUGGAUUAUAUCUAGAAGUAAUGAAAAAAAAUGUUUACUUUUAUACUACAAACUCAAGUGGUUGAUUCAUAGAGGUUUUGUACAAGUAUUAAAAAAUCCUUCGAUGCAGUUUUUACAACUCUUACAAAAACUCAGUAUCGGAAUAAUAGCUGGAUUAUGCUUUUUUGGAACUGUUAAUUCAGAUCAAUUAGGAAUUCAAGCAGUUCAAGGUGUAAUAUUUAUUUUAGUAUCGGAAAAUACUUUUUUCCCAAUGUAUAGUACAUUGUCAUUAAUACCUCAAGAAUUGCCUUUAUUUGUUAGAGAAUACAGAGCAGGGCUAUAUUCAUGUCAUAUUUAUUAUAUGGCUCGGAUAAUUUCUUUAUUACCCGGUACUACAAUAGAACCGAUUUUAUUUACGACUAUAAUCUAUUGGAUUUCUGGACUAUUAAAUAGUUUUAAAGCUUUUAGUACUACUGUUUGUAUUGUUUUGUUAACAAUGAAUGUGUCAACAGCUUGCGGAUUCUUCUUUUCAGUUGCAUUUGAAAGUGAACCAUUAGCUAUGGCAUAUUUAAUUCCAUUUGAUUCCUUAUUAAUGAUUACUAUGGGAGCUUUUGUCAAAUUUAGUUCUUUACCGAUAUAUAUUGAUUGGAUUAAAUAUAUUUCUUGGCUUUUUCACUCCACAGAAGCUCUUUCAAUAGUACAAUGGCAUACUGUUAAAAAUAUUACUUGUUCUAGCACAGAUGUUUCUUGUAUCACGGAUGGACAGCAGGUGCUUGAAUUAUAUGGAUUUUCAAUAGAAAAUUUAAAUUUGGAUAUUUUAUUAAUGAUUAUUGUAUAUUUUUUAUUUCAUUUACUAGGAUAUAUUUUGUUAGUUAAAAAA